CAUUUCAGAACUUUGAAAAUUUGUUUCACAGUUUAUGGAAUAUAUCAAAAUUUUUGCACAUAAAAACGGCAAUUGAAGAACAAUUUUAUUAAAAACAAAUUAUCUUCAAUCAAUUAAAACUUAUUUGUAAAACCAAGAAAACACCAAAAAUGCAACAUUGCUAUAAUCGUGGCUGCGGACAAACGUUUGACCCAGAAAAAAAUUCAGACGAAUCCUGUCGUCACCAUCCCGGAGCUCCUUACUUCCAUGACGCCUACAAAGGUUGGUCAUGCUGCAAUAAAAAAUCUGUAGAUUUUACAGAAUUUUUGAGCAUCAAAGGCUGCACGCUCUCAAAGCAUUCGAAUAUCAAACCGCCUGAGCCGGAGAAACCCGAAAGGAACGAUGAUGACAAAAAUGAAGUUAUAGAAGUGCGAUCGCCUAUUAAGGAGUCAAUGGAUCGGCCACCCAUUGAAACUCCAAUGAUUGUUGUACAACCAACAGUCGCUCAAGCAUUAAAAGAUGCCAUAGAUACACUGAAAGUGAAAGUUGGCGUUGCUAACGAAGCCACCACGGACUCUGGCGCCAUCCCCAUAGGUACUUCUUGUAAAAAUAAAGGCUGCACAUGCUCGUUUACUGGAACUGCGGCUGAUCAUGGCGAGUGCGUUUAUCAUCCUGGUGUUCCUAUUUUCCACGAAGGCAUGAAAUAUUGGUCGUGCUGUCAACGCAAAACAAGUGAUUUUGCUGCAUUUAUAGCGCAAAAAGGCUGUGCAUCCGGUGAACACAAAUGGUUCAAAGAGGAUGACGACAAGCAAGUAGUAAAUUGUCGCUACGAUUGGCAUCAAACUCCUACCCAUGUAAUUGUAUCCAUUUAUGCCAAAAAGUAUCAUUACAGGCUUAGUAAAGUCGAAGUGAAUCCAAUACGAUUACAUGUGAAUCUUGUAUUUCCUGAACAGGAAGACGCACAGUUCGAUUUGGAACUGGAAUUGCGUGGGAUAAUUGAUGUCAGUAAAACUACAGCCCAUAUGUAUGGCACCAAGUUGGAGAUUACUAUGCCAAAAGCGGAACCUGGUUCAUGGUCGAAAUUGGAUUUCCCACGUGAAAAAUUGCCACCUGUGCUAAAGCCAAAUGAAAAUAAAAUCAAUGCUUCCAAUCAAAGAAAGAGCUCAGAAUCUGACGAUGGUUUCAAUUUGGAUGAUAUUGAAACGGUGAAUACUGGCAUCAGACUCACGGAUAUAAGUGAUAACAAAAACCAUUUGGACUAGAAAUAUUUCGAUUCAUCUUGACUGCUGGAACAUAUUCUUUAAAGUUAUUUUUGCCAAAAAACUUCCGCUAAAUAUGUAGGCAUUUACAUGUAUUCGAGUUUAUUGAAUGUUGAUUUUUCAUUUACAUACCUAUUCCGAAACCGCAUUAAACCGUUUAAUAGAUGAGUAAGCCAAUGUA